AGGCCGGUAGUGGUUUAACGCGAGGAAAUGAUUCAUAUUAUAAGGAUUACUACUAUAGUCGAAAGAGAUGAUAUCGUAGAGGUGUUCCUGUGAAGUAAACUUGUGAACUACGUGUAGUUGUUGCUUAAAUCCAUUCAUGCUCCGCUGGGCCGGUAAACAGUGUGUGCGCGCCGUAUCUCCCCUCCAAAAAUGAAGGAGCUUGAGGAUAUUCUUGAUAAUCUGUUAGUCCAACUGAAUUCACAGCUCACUGCCAUUGACCAAGAUAUAAAUCCAAACAGCAAGGCUUAUAAUGAGGGCAUAGCUGUGGGUGACUAUGUCGAGGCCAUUAAUGGUCAGAAGGCAGCCGGUCUGCAGCAUGGCGACGCCCAGCAAAUCAUCAAAACGGCCAAUCAGGAUCUUAAGCUGCAACUUCACAGGUCUGGUCCUGCAGUAAAUGGUCAUGGUCAGGUGAACGGAGGUCUGCCUCACAAGGACAAACACACUUUAUCAGGGGAGACAACUACAAAACAGUACAAGCCAGUGUCUUUCGGCAGCAGCUCGUCCUUGAACAUAGAGACGGGUGUUAGUCCCGGCCCGAUGUCCUCCGCUGCCAGUACCACCUCCGCCCAGUCCCUCCCCUCACCACCCCUCCUCAUCACGUCCAAAGCAUCAGGCUCCGACUCUGUCACCUCAAGUCCGAGGUUUAAAUCCAAGCUAAUCAUUCCUCUAUCGCCGAAGCCUUUACAGAAAAUAAGGGAUACAGCAUGGGACUGCUCGUCGCCGAGCCUGUGGUCCACCUCCUACUACACCAGUGAUUCAAACCUGUCAACGCCCCAAACCUCACCAGGCCUGCAGCGUCGUUACUUGGCCAGAAACGCGCCCCAACCCGUGCCUGUAACUGCACGACGUAGUCAUGUAAACGCCCAGGGCAGGGGUCCCGGGUCUGAACACAGAGAUGCAAAGUCUCGCGGCAUGGAGAUGUUUUUGAAGCAGAUGGAAAAAUUAGCAAAGAUAGGCGAUGAUGAUGAUGAUUCGGACACAGAUGACACUGUUUAUAGUGUCGACCCCACCCCCGCAAAAACUGUCGACACCCAAGUACCACCUCCGUACCAGCAGGGAUCUGGUCGUCACGACAACACCCAGACGUCCUAUCAAAUGCCAUCGUCUCAGCGGGAUCAGCGUGUGAGUGACAAGAGUCCAAAUGUGCAGUCGCAUCACCAAGUUUAUAAUAUACCCAUCAAAUACCAGUCGCAGGCUCAGGUGUCGCACCAGCAAAGUCAACAGGGUCAUCGACAAGAUCAACAAACUCACCAAGGUCACCAAGGGUCACAAGGUCAACAUCAGUCUCAUCAACAACAGAUACUGCAGGAUCAACAACAAGAUCAUCAAAUGCGGCAGGAUCAUCAAAGUAUGCAGGAUCAACGACAUGGACAGGAUGGUAGCCACGGUUUUCACCAUUCAGAUCACCGCCACCCUAGUCUGCAGGAUCAACAUGCAUCAGAUCACCGCCACCCUAGUCUGCAGGAUCAACAUGCAUCAGAUCACCGCCACCCCAGUCUGCAGGAUCAACAUGCAUCAGAUCACCGCCACCCCAGUCUGCAGGAUCAACAUGCAUCAGAUCACCGCCACCCCAGUCUGCAGGAUCAACAUGCAUCAGAUCACCGCCACCCCAGUCUGCAGGAUCAACAUGCAUCAGAUCACCGCCACCCCAGUCUGCAGGAUCAACAUGCAUCAGAUCACCGCCACCCCAGUCUGCAGGAUCAACAUGCAUCAGAUCACCGCCACCCCAGUCUGCAGGAUCAACAUGCAUCAGAUCACCGCCACCCCAGUCUGCAGGAUCAACAUGCAUCAUAUCACCGCCACCCCAGUCUGCAGGAACAACAUGCAUCAGAUCACCGCCACCCCAGUUUGCAGGAUCAACAUGCAUCAGAUCACCGCCACCCCAGUCUGCAGGAUCAACAGGCAGGACAUAAUCAACACCGGCCCCAUCAUCAUCAUCAUCAUCAUCAACAUAAGGAGGUACAGAUUCAGCACCCAACGCAUGAUCAGCAUUGGAUACACGAUCAACACCAGAGACCUGAUCAUCACAAACCUGAUCAAAGACAAGAUCAACAGUUUGAUCAGCGUCAAUUCCAGGAUCAUCACUGGAAUCAGGAUCAUCAGCCUAGGAGUGAUCAUUCUUACCCAGACAAUCAAUGGAUGCCUGAUCAUAGACACGAUCAACAUGAUCAUCAUCACAAAGAUCACCACCAGAUUCCUGUCAUCAGUGCCGGCAGACAGCCCGCACAAGACUCUUCUUAUGUGGCACGUCAAGAAAUACCCAUCCUCAUUGGUAAACAGCACGAUAAAAGUCAACACAAACAGGACAGAGAUCAUGACCUCAGUCAGACCAAAGGUCGUGAGGUGCCCAUACAGAUGUCGCCUACAAAAGUCCAGUCAAGCAUCCACAAGAUCCCUGUGACGGUCCAGACAUCCAGCAAACCAGAUCCACCGAUGAGUCUUGAUCCUCUGGAGCUCUAUGACCGGCCUCCCUCUCCUCCCUUCCCUGCCCCUCCGUCCCCCUUCAAGUCACAUGUUCCCAUCACCGUCCAAUCCACUCACCAGGAAGUGGAUCAACCAUUUCCUGUCAGCACGUCUGAUGAUGUGGGUAGAUAUCCACCGAUCCCUGAACAAGUGUAUCCUCCUCCGCCUCCUUCCGCCAAUGUGGAGUCAUCUUCAACGCAAUCAGAGGACACGGUCAUCCCGGUCUGCGUUAAGCGGGUCCAAGGUAAGGACGUGGUCAGCAGACAGAAGUCGGACGUUCAAGCGAUCAAUAUCCCCAUCACUGUCCAGACAUCUGAUAGGAAUGCCAAGGUAGAAAAACUGUCGCCUAAGGUCAAGGAGAAUGUCCACAUGAUACCUCUGAUGGUACAGACGCGUGAUCCGAAGGAAGACCAGAGCUUCACAGGAGAGGAGACGAAAUCACACGACUCUGGCAUUACCAGUCGUGGGUCAUCUUGGCAGAGUGGUAGCUUCAAGGAGCACAUCAGCAGCUUCAGUCCUGGGUCUUACAGUAGUACCCUUCCCAUCAAAAAGGGCUCCUCCCCCACAGGAGAGACAUUAUGUGUGGAUGAAGAGGAGGAGGAGGAGGAGGAGGGUGACACCAACAGCUUUGCAACCCUCCCAACCAUCAAGCCUCUGAAAACAAACAAGACCUACAAAAGUGACUCGCCAGUUAAGGCAUAUCGAGGCUAUGAAAGUGACUUUGAAUAUACACCGAAGCGUAGCAGUAAAACUAGCUCCAAAUCUAAGUUGGAUUCUGCAGGUACCAGUGGAGCAUCUGGAUACCAAACGGAUGUGGAGUUUUUUGUGAGAGACAACCGGAAUUUGACCAAGAAUAAAAAUAAACAGUCAUCUAAGCCUUCCGACAGAGAUUAUAUGAGCGACGCGGAGUCUGUGUCGUCAGAUUUUUACUCCCGAAGAGACAACUUCUUCGGAUCAUCACCGGGUAAAUUCUCUUCUGGCCUGACCAGUCAGAAAUCCAAGGUCAAUGCUCCUGAACUCCCGCAGAAAACCAAGGUCGCUGCUGUUCAGCUUCCUCAGUUCAACCCAGACAUGGAAGAGCGGGAGUUCAAUUUUCCAACAAGUAACACUUUCGACAACAACCAGGAGCGCUAUUUUUCGGACAACGAUUCGUCCUUAAUAGAUCAAGCCUUGGAUGCAGGUCCAGGAGAGGAUUUCUCAAUUUGGUCGAGACAGUUAUCAGAACAGGAACCAGAAUCCCAAGGUCAAGGUUGGGCAAGGGAUUCCCCAAGGGCCAGGAAUGUCUGUUCAACGAGCGUGUCUCCCAAACAUACGAAACAGUCUCCAGCAUCGACAAGGGAAAUACCAGGGAAGGAGACCUUGGUCCCAGUUAGAAUAUCUCGAGGCGAUUCUAGGAAGGAGGGCUAUGGAGAGGAGGAUCCAAGAACCCAACAUGUAUCCACUUCUGCCAACAUCAGCCUGGAUUCCACUUCACAAGUGAACCAUUCGGAUCAUCAUCAGCCGCCUACAAAUGGAACUGAUUACCCCGCCCACCUGUACAAGGAACUGCUAGACAGUCUAGUUACCGAUGAAUCUCAUACAUCUCCGCAGAAGGAUGGUCAUGUGACCGUUCAGGAUCCUCCUGCCGAUCGUGGUAGUCCAAACGUGUCAUAUGACGUCCACACCACUUCACAAAAUGUGGCCUCAAUCUGGAAACCAGGGGGCGGGCCAGACGUCGUGAGGAAGGAGUAUAAACCUGUUCGAAUAGCCUCGGACAAAUCUCCUUCCGACAGACCUUCUGUAGGGCGCACGGAAAGGUCGCCGAUCGGACAGACGGACACAAUAGAUAAUUCUUGGUCUCAGCCAGUUAGAGAGCAUAAGGAUAUUGGGGCAUUAAUCUCAAAGGAGGUGAGAAGUUGGAAACCUCCACCAGGAGAAAGAGUCCCUAACUCUGAGGUUCCCGACGAGAGAGUCCCACAAACACAAGCUUGGGCAGAGAACAGUCACUUUACCCAUCCGGAGCCAUACUCAGAACCCUACUCCGAUCCAUAUCCCGAACCUUUCCCGGAGCAGGUGCCUGACCUGGUGGUUCAAUCCGACUCAAAGAAGUCCCGAGAACCUUCGGUCAGUAGUGCGUUUGGACGUGAGGGUGCGGAGGAGGAAGACAUGAACCACUUACCCCCCACACAGAGCCCCUUCAUCACCCUUCUACAGAAGAGCAGACAAGCGGGACAUCCCGAGGACAUGAAGUUUUCUAGUCACGGGCCUCUGCCAGGGGAGGGGCAGAUACCCAAGGGUGCAGCGUACAUCGACAAAUCAAAGACCGAGGAUGGCUCAUACUCAGAGCAGAAAUCACCGGUGGAAAAACGGCCUGUCAAAUACGAGGGUAUUGGGCCAGUGGAUGAAAAAGGCAUGCCUCUGUCCUUCAGAAUGAAUGUGGAUGAAGAAAAGCAACAUGAUUGGUAUAAACAGAUGUAUCGGAGCCUUCACACAGGACACCGCAAGCCAGAUUCUCUUGAAAUUGCCGAUCUGGAGGCGUGGUUACAGGAAGCAGGUACAAAUGGAAACAAUAAGUCUACCCACAACUUCUCCGACGAAAACUCAUCACACAGAGAAGAAAAUGGACGGAAACCUACAGUUGAUCACCAUAAACAACGAAUUGAACAGUCGAGCAAAGUGGACAAACCACAAAGUGAACCCACAACAGUUGUGCACAAACCAAGAACAGAGUUCUCCCCAGUAGGAAAUAAAUCAAGAAUGGAUUACUCCCCUGUUGGAAAUCAAACAAGAACUGAUUUCUCGCCAGUAGGAAAUAAAUCAAGAACCGACUUCUCCCCAGUAGGAAAUAAAUCAAGGACUGAUUUCUCCCCUGUAGGAAAUAAACCCAAAACAGACUUCUCCCCUGUAGGAAGUAAACCAAAGACAGAUUACUCCCCCGUUGGUAGUUCACCAAGGACAGAGAAUGUGGUUAAUAGAUCUGUGAACGAUAGGUCCACAAGUGAGUCUUCAUUUUCAUAUAAUAAAUUUUCCGGAGAACCUUCAUAUAAAAGAACUGUUUCAGAGUCUAGUCGAACCUCCGUCGAACCCAAGGAGAAGUCUCCGAGUGUCAUGAGUCGGAUAGAGUUGUUAACUAAUCCAGCCAAGACCCAGGACACUGAGAGUCGAAGCAACGGUCCACUAAGUCCGUCCAGUUCCACGUCAUCGUACAGGUCGCGAGACAAGCGGUCGGUAGAUUACGAAAUCCCUGAGGAUUUACAAGAAUUCUUCAAAUAUCUUGAUGAAUGGUCUCCGCCUAGCGUGCGGUCUAAGAUUGAAGUUUAUCGUAACCAGCCUCGAAGUAUUGUCGAUUACGAACCCGGCUUCUCCUCUAUAGCAUUUCAAGAAUCAAAAACGGUUUCAGGACGUCUCAGGUCUCUAUCUGUCAACACGGCCGCGCUGGACAAAAGGGCUAGAAAGCCACACAAACCAAAGACUAACAUCCACAACCCACCCAUUGACAAGCCAGGGGAGAUAAGUCAAUAUACGGAGGGCAGGAAACGCCUUGCGUCAGCCCCCGCGCCUUUGCCACCAGAGACAGACGAAGAAGGCGGAGAUUCAUACAAAUUCAUACAAAAAGGGGGUGAUAUCCCUAUUCGAGGCCUACAGAAACCCGCACCCGAGCGGGGAGCAAAAGUAAAGGAUCGGUGUGAGCCUCCAAAAGUGCCGCCUCUUCCACGAAUGUCUCCAGGGCAUCAGCCAUUCACAAAGCACCAUUAUCAGCCAAUCAAAUGGGAGCCUUCUCGAGGUUCUAGUUCUCUUAGAAACGGCACUCCGUCCCCCAUACCUCCGGCCAGAAAACACCCUAUAAAACGGUUCUUGCCGGGCAACAAAAAGAUUCGCAGCAACCUUUCAGCUGCAGAGCAGCUCGGGGUAACCAGCCCCCCGCCACUCGGUCUCCCUAACGGAGCGUUUAAGCACCAGACCACUGAUGCGAAACGGAGUCCCCCACCUCCGUUCACGGAGAAAACAAGAAAAAGACGCGAAGAAGAGGAACAAUACAGGAAAAAACGACUGGAACAAAUUUAUGAAGAGGAAAGAAAGCGAAAAAUAAAGCAGGAAGAAGCUAACCUCGAGGCUCGUAAACACUCAGAUUUUUACCUCUCCAGCAGUAGUUUAAGUCCAGCGGAAAGAGACGGAGAACCUAGUCAGAAGUCGCCCAUCCCAGCAGACCGGUUUGAGGAUGGCGUGGGGGACUACGGGGCACCCGACGAACGACGCAGGGGAUUCCAAAUCCAGGGCAAGGCGAAGGCGCUCUACAACUUCUCGUCUCAAAAUCCAAGAGAGCUUGGCUUUAGGAAGGGUGACGUAGUAUACCUGAUUCGGCAGAUCGACAAACACUGGUUUGAGGGAGAACGCCAUGGAAGGAGGGGCAUAUUCCCCAUCAAUUAUGUUGAGGUCGUGACCUCUAUAGAGGAUGCCAAUGCCGCUGCCCAGCAGGCAGAAGGACAUGGCGUUGCCAAGUUUAACUUCAGCGGACAAACUAAUGUGGAACUCAACAUCCGGAAGGGAGACCACAUCACUCUCUUGCGGCGCGUUGACGACAACUGGUUUGAGGGGCGAAUGGGCCAGAAACAGGGCAUCUUCCCAGUACAGUAUGUGGAGGUGAAGCAGGAACCAUCUACCCCUCUGGUCACCCCCGCUCCCUCAGUCAUCGCCACCCCUAUGACCGGUAGGGGAACGCCAGAGCUGCUGUCCCCCACGAGUAUAGAUGUGCCGACGCCCCCUCCUCAGCCUUCUCCUGGGGCGUUCUCCCCAAAGUCCUCCUCCAUGUCACACUACCCCUACUCACCCAAGCCGUUCUCUCAUAGUCUCAGUCACUCCUCACCGAAGCUUGACGGAGGGAUGAACCCCUCUCAAUUUAACAGCCUGCCCACGGGGCUCAACACGGUCCCGGGGGCACAAACUAAUGGUCACCAUGAGUCCUUCCAAAAUGUGGGACUCUCAGCCUCUUUUUCACCAUCAAAAUCCUCCAGCGCCAUUGACAACAACCUUGACUACCGGCCCAAGGUCACAGAUGAUGACCUUGCCAUCAGUAGUUACAAAGCGCUGUAUGCUUACAAGCCCCAGAAUGACGAUGAACUGGAAUUAUGGGAAGGCGACCAGGUAUAUGUGAUGGAGAAGUGUGAUGACGGCUGGUUUGUCGGAACGUCAAUCCGGACAGGCAUGUUUGGUACCUUCCCCGGAAAUUAUGUGCAGAGAGUACAAUGAUGAACACAUAUGGUUGCAUAAAUGAGGGACUGGUUUUGUUUCGUUGUGUGAAAGGACACAUAAUUGGUGAACAGUUUGAUCCCAGCCAAUCGGGCAUCUAACGCAUACCAAGGGGAGGUAAUCAAGGACAGCCACCCACGUUCCGUGUGGGGUUGUGCUAGUGCUAUUGGAAGGAGAAUGCGGAGUGGAGCAGCCAUGUGGUUGUACAGACAAUUCACCAGUGACGACCAGUGAUGCUGACUGCGCGUAACGUGGAUGUACAAAGGAAUGUCUCAAAGACUGACGCAGGAAAAUGUGCAUACACGCGUGUGUUGUGAACAUGUGUACACCUGUAUUGUGGACAUAUGUGUACACAUUUGUGUUGUAGUUCACCUACAUCUAUUUAUUCUCAACAGGAGUAUUAUCUGUGUCUGCGGCACACGUUUCGUGGAACGUCGUGGCGCUUUCGUUGUUUUGUCAGGGUCGUGACCUUUAAUCAAACCAAAUUUUAUCUUUGUUGCUUUUUGUGUGAAUGACAACAUUCGUUACCAUAGUAACUGAUUUCACCAAGACUUAUCAUUAUGCUGCUGUUUGAGCUCAUCAAUAUAUAUAUAUCGGCCGUGUCACCUCGAAAUUCAACGUCUCCAUAUACAUUUGUUGCAGAUCAAAGCGAAGACAGUAACGUAAUGAAGUCAACAAUUUCUUUAAGCUUCGGUUCCUUCUAAAGUUUACACAUUUCAUCAACAACUGGUUUUCAAAUUGCAAGCGGAGAGAUUAAGGAUAAAUUACGUCUGUAAAUUUUCUUAUCUUAUUUUGAUGUCCAAAUAUUUUACCAAAAUUUGAGCGUGUAUUGGUAGGGUAGUAGUGGGAAUUAUUAGACUUCGAAAAGCAUAGAUACUGAUCAUGAAUUAAAUAUUUUAAAGAUAAGCUAUCGUUGAGCGCUAUUUCUUCUGCUCAAAGCUAUUUUACGUACCCAAUGCACGACAAAAAUUCUAAAAAUCUAGUAAUCAAACUCACCUUGGUUUUCCAGAAAGAGAUUAUUUGAAGAACAAUUAUAUUGAAUGAUGUUUAUAAUUCAAUGAAUCCAUCAACACAGCCAGUAUGAGAUUACCUGAAAUGGAGAUUUCUUUAAAUGUAACUUCUAAAUAUAUUCUGCUCUUUUUCUGAUGGGGUUUUUUUCCGCAUCAUGAAUAGAAAAUGUUAAUUCGGUCAUAAAGGAUCUUUGUAAUGUUAGUUUCUGUGGCUAUUUCAGUUUUGCGGUUGUGUGGUUCUGAGUCGGGUUUCACUGUAUAAGAUAAAUGAGGUGUGAGUUUUUGAUUAGGAAGAAAAUGUUUUCAAAAAAAUCGUUUGAUGCCAAUGUGAUGCAAUAGAUAGAUUUAACUUAGUCCAUGAAAAUCAGUAUUUAGAGUUUGGUUGCAUAACUGUCAUUAAGAUAAUGAUAACACGUUUAUCAUACUUUGUUGCUAUCCUGGAUGUUGUCCACAGAACGUGUAUUGAAUUCAGACUGCUAAUGUAUUGCUGAUGUUAUGGGUUUUCUCUGCUGUUUAAGUGUUUAUGUAUUCGUGUUGUAUCGUAUGUUAAACUUUAUAUAUAUUAACGUCGCAGAGUUUUAACUGUAUUAGAAUUUCAACGAUUAAUAUAUAUUGCAGGAAUUAUGAAACAGAAUUGUUCUUUUUUGAUCUGAAAUACUUAUUUUCUCUUCGAGAAAAAAAAAAGGAAUAAAAUCUUCGUUUGUACAUAAUUGACACGGGGAGAUAACUCUGUAAUGCCAAUUUCUAUGGAUACACAGAAAGUCAAACUAGUAAUUGAAAUGUUUGAUUCACUUGGAAGGUUCAUGUGAAAAGUGCCAUAGAAAGUCUUAGGAUGACUAAAUUUCAAGGGUUUUUUUAAAAAGAGAAGAAACGGUUUGAUUUUUUUUUUAUCCUAACUAUGCAAUGUGAAUGUCCUUUUGUAAGCAUCUAACAAUCUUUUACUUAGUUGUGAAGCAUUUAUUGACCAAGUCUUGUAUACUUGUCAUAGGUCAAGUCAAGGUCAUAACUUUGUCAUCGAGCAAGGUCAAAUGAUAAGUGAGAAAAAUGAAAAUGAGUGAAUAAGAAAGAGAGAUAGGAGAAUAUUGUUUAUUAUAUUAUAUAUAUAAUAUUUAUAUAUUACAUGUGUAAACCGGUAACUUUGUAUUUGUGGCUAUUUCUGAUAGCUGGGGCUUACUUCUCUAGCUAGCCAUGUUGCAUUUUAUACCAUACUUACAAAUCCAGUCAACCUUCUACAACGAAGCUAGUUUAGACAUUGACAUCGGAGGGACUGUUCUUUCUAACUGUCUGUCAUCACCAUGGAAACGAAAUAUUUUAAAUAACCUGUAAUCAGGAAUAACAGCACUUUUUUUUUUUUUUUUUUUUUUUUUUGCUGAAGUUGUCUUGCCAGUUUCCCGUGGAUACUUUGGGUGUUUACAUUUUGAUCAUUUUGUUUACUGUUUCAUUUUCAUAAGUUUGUUCAGUAGAACAUUUUCUCCUGUAGUAAACAUAAAGGAACAGCUAGCUGAAAUAUUUGUUCUCUUAAAUCUUAAAUCGCACAUAGUUUUUAUCAUUGAUAGGACCAUUUACUUGCAAAGUAUCUUGAUACUACACAAAGCUCUCCCAUGCUUUAGUAGCAAGCCUUUAUUUUGCGUUAUUUUAGAAACACAAUUUUUAACGAGCACUUCUGUGUCUGAAGCCCUUUCAUUACCAUAUGUUAUGCUUGUUUCGAUGUUUUGACGAGUUUUUAAUGUUUGUUGAAUAUUUUCUGUACGGUUAAGUGCAUGGUUCAACCUUGAACAUUUUGGACAAUUUGGCCGAAACUCAGACAACAGAUGUGGGCAUGACGCAUAACGAAGAAGAAAGCUCAAUCCUAAAAGUGCAAAAAAAAGAAUAUUUUUGAAAGUUUUGUGGGGGUCAAGAUUUAAGCAUAAAGUUUGAGGCCAUCUUUGGGCGUUAUUUUGAAGGUGUGUGAUUGGCGGUUUCUAUUAGUACGAGUUUAGUAGCUAGUAUUAAUGCUCUCUGUGUUUGCUACAGAUAUUCUUAACAAUAUACAGUUAUUGUCUACUUUUGUCUACAUUGUGUGAAUACAUUUUUAAAAUAUGCAUGGAACUAAUAAAAAAAAGUUGUAAAGUGAUAUUUUUGUGAAGUAAAACAAAAGAUUUAUAUUUAUGCAGUCUGGUUUACAGAAUUAACAGCCAGAUUUGUUGAAAAAGGAAAUUAUCUUAGAAUUUGUUUUGUAUUUUUAUUGAAAAAAAAUUCUUCCUGCAAGCUUGACCCUCGUGUACAUGUAGAUAUAACCCAUGUUAUUUAUUUGUGAUAUUUCAAGGUCAACAGAUGGUAGUGAAGUAACGCGUGACUGGACAGCCUCACUCUCGUAAUUAUAAGUCUCUUCGGUGGGUAGAUUAAAGCCAUCUACAUAACAAA